AUCAUAGAACCUAAAGAAAGAAAAGACCACAUGACUCCAGCUUAGCCCGCCUUUUCUUACGUUCAYAACCUCAUCCGCUAUCGACGGCCAGGAAAGACCAUUUCGUCCAUGCGGUCCACAUACACUUACCUCAAAACUAGAGAAAUCAAACCAAACCUGAGAUGUUAAGUAUGGAAAGAUUGAAUGUCAAGCAGCUUUGUUUUUGUGCUGUUUUGGUAUUUGUUCUUGUUCAUGGUGCGUUCUCAAAGGCUGUGCUUGGUACAGUAGCUACACGUAUUGCGCCAUUCAGAGCUAACGACGCCGAUCGAAGUGAUGCAGUACAGCUUYACCAGACAGAUAUAUUUGCUACCAWUUUGAAGGCGAACGCGAAAAACUCUCAUAGUGCACAUGGUCAAGUAAAUGCUGAAGCUCUUUUUCAAGGGGAUAUCCUAAUGACCGAAGAACUGCGUCUAGCUUUGAACACAAGUGGUACAGACACCCUUUCCCUWCCCCUGAGAGUCACAGCAGGCAGGGCGGUAAAUGGUCAUGAUCAGAACAGAUGGCCUCCUAUCGGUAAUGGUCUGGUACRAGUCCCGUAUGUCAUUGAACAGUCAUGCGUUGCAGACCRAUCAGUUAUCCAGCAAGCCUUGAGYCACUGGGCAGAAAAGGUUCCAUGUAUUGCAUUCGUACCCAGGACUGCUCAAGUACACUACCUGAGCUUCUUCUCAGGCCAAGGGUGUUUUUCAUGGGUYGGUCGCAAAGGAGGCAAACAAAGAAUUUCUAUUGGUCCAGGAUGUGCAGUAAUGGGAGUUAUUGCACAUGAAAUAGGACACGCCCUUGGYUUCUGGCAUGAACAGUCCCGACCAGACCGAGAUAGAUACGUCAAAAUAUUAUGGAACAAUAUUCGGUCAGACAACCUUGAUAACUUCAAAAUGAUCGACAACUCCGACACUAACGACCUUGGAGUGGAAUAUGAUCUAGCCAGUCUGAUGCAUUAUGGUCCAAAAGCGUUUUCUAAAUCCCCWUCACUUAACACCAUCGAGAGYUURRACGGCAGCACUACYUUUGGUCAGCGGAAUGGUCUGAGUGACAAAGACGUUGAACAGGCCAGGUUGCUAUAUUGCAAUGGAUCUAGUGUCUGUCAGCACAAGGAUCAUAACAAUAACUGUCCAUGGUGGGCUGAGGCUGGCUACUGUCACUCGUCUAGUAUCUACUACCCCUUCAUGAACAAAAACUGUAAAAGAUCGUGUUACUGCAGCUAUGUAUGUGAGGACAAAACCGCCAACUGCCCAUCCUCGGCCAGCUCGGGGUCCCUGUGUACCGACCAACGCUUCGAGAAGUACAUGUCAGUAUACUGUAAGAGAAGUUGUAAUCUGUGUGCUAACUAGUAUUGAUCGAGCCUCACCAAGAGAAAACUUUAGCAACCCUGGUAACAAUAAAUGUCAGAAUUCUUUUUAUAA